AUGUUCAGAAGUUUGGAUAUGAUGGAGGACCUUUGUGCAGAUGAAGAUCAAUUACCGUACUGUGAGAUGAUCAGGUUCUUUUUCCUGCGUGACGACCCAAGGCGGCAAGGAGUCUGCGAUGCGAUGAAAUUGGAUAGAAGUGUUGACUGCCCAGUGACACAAGUCGACCCAAAAGACAGGUAUAUCGUGACCUUUAGAGAGCUAACCGUCGAGUUUAGAUGUCUCAGCGAGAAUCCAUACGAAUUUUCUUGGAACUUCCUUCGCUUUGCAGCCCUCGAAGAAAACGGCAUGGAAUUCUUCAAAACUUCUGUCGCCAACAAACCCGACGAAUUUUUCGUUGAGUUCAAUAAUGCACUCAAGAAUAACAGCUACUUCAACAACGUCUUCCAUGAGCUCCGAGAAGUUCAAAUCGUUCAAAGUCAGCUUUACCUUCACUUUAUGAUAUCCUCCCUGAUUUUGAAUAAUUUGGGAAAAGCGGCAAGGCAGGUGAGUUACCGUUAGUCCUGCCAAAACAACUAAUGUUUGUAAUCGCUACACGUCUUCGUUUAGACAGACAAAUUGUUAAACGAAUACUGCGAACAUGGCUGUCACAUAGAAGAAAUGCAUAACCAUGAAAGCCAAUGCGUUUCAAGUAUCCUUCAUCAACAUACGGAUGAUCCAACACCUCCAAAGAGUCAGCAUGCAUACAUGUAGGGUAAAAUACGAUGUAUCCAGCUUUGAAAGAUAUAAAAAUUUCACCGCUUUUUAGGAGGAUAGAAUGUAAUGCGAGGAACCUCUAUAUACCCAGUCCAUACACAAUCGGCUACAUUGAUCUUCGGAAUUUUGUUCGAACUGAAAACGUUCGAUGUUUUAUCAUUUUCAUGGCCAGCACAUUUGGCAUCUUCAUGAACAUUUAUAUGGUGAGAAAAGCGGUGGCAAAAAAUUUCAUAUUCGGAGCUUUAGGUAUUUCUAAUUUUCCGCGGAAAAAACGGCCUCCAGCAGUUUGGAAUCCGCUUGGUUUUUGUCUUCGCCUGCGCCAACCUAUUGUAUUUGACGAUGAAUUUGUACUUCAUUCAGCAACAAUUUUAUCCGGUGUACAAGGAGAGAAGUAAUGUCGACUUCUUCCGAAUCACAAAUUACACUCGCUAUUACGAUGAGACUUAUUUGGCAGCAGUCUCAGCCUUGAGACUGACCUUGAAUGAUGUGAGUCUAGACCCAAGCAUAGUUCAAGUCAAAACAAGGAUGUAUAAAAUAGAUACUACAAAUCCUUUUCAGAGAUAUGGCGAUGUGAUUACCGGAAACUUCACACAGGACCUUCAUGGCCUUCGUAUUCUUGCGAUUGCUGAGAAUUUUUUAGUCAAUUUCUCUCGAUCCUUGGCGGCGAUGGUUAUGAUUCUGAUUGUUUGUUCUGUUUUCUACGAACUGCGGAGUGUAGGUUCCAAUCAUCCGGCUGUUCUAACGGUCUCUUCACAUUUCUAGUCAUUCUGCGGACGUCUUCGGCCUAAAGUAAAGUUGGCGUUCAUUUUACUCAUUUGGUUUUGCUGGCUGACAAUGUUGGCCAUGUACGUUUACAUUGGAAGUUUGGAAUACAACAUGAUUUAUCAUCUGAAUGAUGUAAUGGGUGCUCGAGGAAAUGAUCAGGAGGCGAUUAAACGACAGUAAGAAAGAAUCUUUCUAUAACAGCCUCCCCUCCAGAUGCCGAAAGCUUCGGCAGGAAGAACACAAGAAAGAUCAGCUGAAAGGCCAUGCGUACUUUAUGAUUCUCUACUUCUUCGUCUCCGUUGUAUCGCUAAUUUCACUCUUCGCGUAUCACAAGUACAAGGUUUCGCGGAGCAAAAACGGGAUACCGCAACAUCUUCAGGAGGAGAUGCAAAAGUCCUGGAGAAGUUUGACAAUCGCAUCAAUGAUUUACAUCUUGUCCAAUUUUGGCACAACGUUCGUCGAAAUCCGGAGUCUCAUAAAGUUGCGGGAUACCAUAACGCAAGGUGACGUACAAUCUAUCGCAGAAUUGUACCGAUGGCUGUAUCUGUUGUCGCUGAUCGAUCCAAUCGUUCAUCCCUGGAUUCUGAUUUACCGAAUGAAGGUAGGGAAAUACGAAACACGCUACAAAAAAGUUUUGUCCGACUUUUUAAACCUUGCAAAUCCAUUUCAGGCCCUCCGGGUUCUUCAUUUUGAUAUUCAAAAAGAAUUGACAAGUCUUCAGUUGAAAUCAAUUCUUCGAAAGGUCUCCACAUCACUUUCAACAUUUCAAAAAUCGAAACCGAAAAAACAAACCCGAUUUGAUGAUGAAGUAACCCCACCAACUCCACGUCGACUCAGGCCCAGUGUUCAGCAAGAUCUUCAAUGGAUGUUGAAUUACUUGGAGAGAGAAAAGAGAAUCCGAAUGGGCGAACUCUAA